AUGGAGUACAGUGCAAGAGCGGCUCCUGAGCCGACACAUGUCGACCGCAAGCUACUUUAUACAAGCCUGGAAGAGCGAAUCAAGUACCUCCAUAGCUUCCUCGACUUCAAUUCUAGCGAUGUUGAAGCGUUAGUGUCCGGCAACAAAUACAUUAAGCAAUUGAUCCCGGCCGUGGUCAACCUGGUAUAUAAAAAGCUUCUCCAAUACGACAUCACAUCUCGGGCCUUCCACACACGCACAACCGUCGACGAGACCGAGCCCGAGGAAGAUUAUCUCCAUGAAGAGACCCCUAAAAUCAAACGACGCAAGAUGUUCCUGCGGUGGUACCUGACGCGGCUAUGUCAGGACCCGACCACCAUGGACUUUUGGCGGUACCUGAACAAGGUUGGCCUGAUGCACAGCGGAACAGUACGCAUGUCGCCAUUGAACAUCGAGUACAUCCAUCUCGGCGUAUGUCUGGGGUAUAUCCAAGACAUCUGGAUCGAAGCGAUGCUGUCGCACCCGCACCUGUCGCUGCGACGCAAGAUCGCACUCGUGCGCGCCGUCAACAAGAUCCUGUGGAUUCAGAAUGAUCUCUUCGCUCGGUACCAUUCGAGCGACGGCGAAGAGUUCGCGGAUGAGAUGUCUGAGUUCAACUAUGGCGAGGAUCAGGAGGGUUACCUCGGCGACAAGCGCAUCCUGGGCAGCAGCUCCGGUAGCUCGACCGAGGAUGAUAGGUCCAGUAUUUCGAGUGGUGUUGCGCCUUCAAUACGCAGUACAGCUCCUUCGAUAAAUAGCAUGGCACCCUCGUUAAAUAGCAUGGCGCCGUCGACGAUAGGAAAUGCGUCAACGACAUCCAAGGUGUCGGCGUGUCCAUUCGCGGAAUUGAGCAAAAACGCCUCUUCAACCGAGACAAAGAUUUGGGCCAAUUGA